AUGUCAAUGAAGGAUCUCUCCAAUAUCAUCCUCAACAAUAAGUACCAGCUCAUCAGUAGGAUAGGAUCGGGGUCCUAUGGAAUUGUUUAUUCUGCAAUCCAUCUAUACACGGGAAUACAGUAUGCAGUCAAGAUCAUUUUGAAAAAUAACUCCCCCAACACGUCAAACAACAAGCAGCUCUUGGUGGAGCUGGAAAAGAGUUUGAUUUAUCAGUCACUGUUGAAUAAUGGAUGUUUGGAUGCAACGUUACUUAGUUUGGAUUCAAUUGAAAAACAUGGCACAGACUGUAAGUUUCUAAGAGAAAUCAGUCUGCAAUUGAAAGUCCAUAAACAUCCUAAUGUUUUGUCAAUUUACAAGGUUUACGAUUUCCAGACAUCCAUAUUCGUCGUGAUGGAUUUCUAUCCUGAUGGCGACUUGUUCACAACGAUUGUCGAUAAACAACGCUAUAAAAAUGACCCUUUCCUAAUCAAAUCAGUCUUUUGUCAAUUAGUUGAUGCCUUGAAUUAUUGCCAUGCAAAGUCGGUUUACCACUGUGAUUUAAAACCUGAAAAUAUCCUGGUUUCUGACAAUGGUAAGAAAUUGAUCUUGGCCGAUUUUGGCUUGGCUUUACAAGAUAAAUAUAUUGAUUCUAAUAUCUCAUGUGGUUCAAGUUAUUACAUGUCACCAGAGAGAAUCCAAAACUUUAGUCAAGCUUUUAAUACUCUGGAAUCCCAUUCUAUACAUAUAGAACGAUUGUUAGACCCAAAACAUACAAAGGCAAAUGUUCCCGCUCAUGGUAACGUCAAAUUCCCAACAAGCGCAGGUGAUGUCUGGUCCUUGUCUAUUAUCUUGAUCAACUUGAUCUCAAUUAGAAAUCCCUGGUUAAAAGCAUCAUUACAUGACACCACUUUUAAAGCAUUUGUUCAAAAUCCGAAAAUCUUGAUGAAAAUCCUACCAAUCUCUGAAGAAGUUUUCCACAUUUUGCUCAAAUAUUUGGCAUUGAAUCCAUGGGAUCGAGGGAAUCUAUUUGAUUUUAGAAGUGAUGUUUUACAUUGUAGAAAAUUGACUGAAACUGGUCCAUUGUCAAUUGAUUCUUCCAUUCAAUCGCUGGAUAUCAUCACUACUGCGUCUCAAAUUAGUAUGAUGGACCGUUCCCUAUCUGCUCAGUUUGAAAUUUGCCCAAUACCUGUCGAUCAUGUGGCAAUUGAUAGGCUAAGAUCGGGUGAACUCGAUGUGGCCCGUACUGAACCCGAAAAUGAUUACAUUCCUAAACCAAUCAUUAACCCAUUGUCUACUCCUAUUGGUAGACAACCAAUCAAGGCUACAGGUGAGUGUAAGUCAUGUGCUGAAUGUGGAUUUGGUACCGAUAGUUCAUGUUCUUCAGCUUCCUCAUCCUCAGUCAUUCAAAGACAGGCCUCUUUGACUUCUUCAGAUUACGUACUCUCCACUUCACAACAGAUCCAAGACACUAAAAUUCCUUCCCAUCCUUAUGAAUUACAGCAACAACAGGAAAUCUCUCAACCACCAGCCCAACAGGUUGUCACUCCCACACAGCCAGAGCAUAAGCAUGAAAAUAUGUUUAAAAAGUUCUUCAAAUUCGGUCCAGGUGGCUACAAUGCAAACAACUUAUACACCAAGGCAUCCACACCACGUAAGCAUCAUCGUCAUCAUUUAUCACCUUUCAAAAGUUCGGAAAAAAAGUUGUUGUCUGACCAAAAUAAUGGGCAAAAUGAAAAUAAUAUGUUGUUAGAACAACAACAAUUGCAACAGCAGCAACAAUUACACCAGCGACAGCAAUUGCAGCAGCUACAGUUACAGAAACAGCAACAACAGUUGCAGCAGCUACAGCAAUAUCAACAACAACUUCUUCAGCUACAACAAUCAAAUAAAGGACAAAAAUCUGGAAUUGUUACAGAACCACAACAAGGUGAACACCAACACCACCAUCAUCACCACCAUUAUCAUCAUCACCACUAUCCUUCUGACCAACACAAGGCGCCUGAAGCAAUUCCUCCUGUUGCCGUUCCUGCUCCUGUUCCUGACUACACGUCGAUAUUUCCUAUGCCUGGUAUGGGUUUGAAUAAACCAAUACUUGGCCAAGAUAGACCGAAGAAGAAACUAAUCACUAAACGUCGCCAAAAAAGAGUAGGGGCUCCAGCUGAUAAAUCCACAUUAGCGAAACGAAGUGCAAAUAGUAAAGAACAAAAGAUCGUUGAUGAAACGAAACAGCAGCAACGGCAAUCACAACAGUACCUCGAUCAAGAGAAUGGCGACGAGUCGGAAAUGAACAGUCAAUUAGACUAUAGAACAGCUUCUCCCGAAUCUCGGACAUAUUCACAGUCAACAGGGGAAUCUGCGCAAUCUCAGGAAAGCGAAGGACCACCUAGUGGAGAGCAACCUACAGUGUCAACUAAAUUACAACAUGCGCAAUCUAACCAAUAUGUAAAUAGAAUCAAGGCAUCAGAGAUUAAAAAUGUUUCACAGACUUUGAGCGCUAUGAGUAUUAUAAGUAACGAUUCAAACACAACUAUGGCCACAGUUGCCACCCGUGGAAGUACAAUGGAUCAGUCUUGA